UUCCAUGGUAUGAGUCCCUAGAACUUAUAUCAGCUCUCUUCCUUGGAACGAACAAGUAGAAUUAGAGGAAAAGCGAUUGGAAGAAAUGGAGAAUGAAAAUCUCAUGAACAGAGAGAAGAUUAAGAUCCUGACGGAACAAAAUGAGAGACAGAGCGCCGAAUUAGAAAAAUUAUCCUACCAGCUUCAGGAAAGGGAAGGUAUUAUUGAGGAGAAACAAUCGGCUCUCCAAGAUAAGAAGAAUCAGGAGCUUCAAGAAAAGCUUGAUGAAGCUCUGGAAAAACUUAAAGAAAUCCACCAAGAAGAGAAACAACAGGCCGAGCAGAGAGACAUGCAGAGCAAACUCCAAGGCAUGGAGGAAAAAUACAAAACGCUGCAGGUAAAGUAUAAUAAAACUCUGCACAAAAAUCAACAGUUGCUUCAAGACAAGAAGCAAAUGGAAAUGAAACAGAAAGAAAUGGACUCCAAGUUUGAAGAGAUGGAGGAAGAACACAGAUUGCUCCAAAUCAGGCUCGGUAAAAAAGUGCAGAGAAAUAAAGAGUUCAUUCAAGAGAGAGAGCAACAAGAAAUGCUCGAGAAAGAAACGGACUCCAAGCUUGAAGUCUUGGAGGAAAAACUGAAAAUGCUCCAAAUAACUCUUGAGGAAACACUCCUCAAAAAUAAAGAGUUGCUUCACGAGAAAGACCAACAGAAAAUACACCAGGAAGAAAUGGAUUGCAAGCUGAGGAACAUCGAGAAACACAACGAAGGGUUGCAAGUAAUUCUUGAUGAAGCUCUGGAAAGAAAUAAAGAGAUCCUCCAAGACAAGAAACAACAGCCCGUAGAGCAGAGAGACUUGCAGAGCAAACUCCAAGCCAUGGAGGAAAAAUACAAAGCGCUGCAGGUGAAGCAUGACAAAACUCACAUCCUCAUACUCAGCUCAAAGUGCAGAACUCAAAGCAGUAAUACGUGCAUGUGAAUUGCACGCAGGCCAAGAUAUAAAUAUAUACACAGACAGUUAGUAUGUUUUUCAGCAGUACAU